UUCUGGAUCGAGAUCGAGCCCGGCUCCGCCCCCGCCGCUCGACGCCGUCGCAUGCCCCCACAUGCGCCACCCCGUCGCCGUCCUCUCCAUCCUCGACCUCGUCCUCGCCGUCGCUGGAUCCCGCCGCAUCAACCUCCAUCGAGCACGCUGCCCUGGACCCUACUCCCUGCCGUGAGCCGCCGCCUUUUCCCUCCUCCUCUCCCCGCGUCGGCCGCGCACUCGCCUUCCCCGGCUCGCCUCAUCACCGCGCGCCCGAUGCCGUGCUCGCUCGCGGCCUCCCCGUGCUCAUCGCGCCCGACCCCGUGGCCACCACUACAGCCGGCGCCAGCCGCUGCGGCCUCGCGCGGCCCCGCUGCCCGCCCGCAGCCCCUCCCCCUGCGCCCCGCGCGCACGCCGCCGCGCCGUCUAGCCGCGGCCUCCGAGCCUACCUCUGCCACUGCUGCGGCUCUGCCGCCACCACCAUUGCAGCCCCACUGCUCGCCUUCCCCUCCGCACGCUCCCGCCGUGUUCGGCCGCGCCCGCCACUGGUCACGCGCCCGCCGUUCCCUGCCUCUGCCUGCGCCCUUGCCGCGCCCCACCUCUUCCCGCUGACGCCGUGCGCCGCUGCCUCUGCUGGCCACCGCCCCGCUCGCUCUUGCCGCUUGCUCGUGCGCCACACGCACGCAUCGCCGUGGGCCAAGCCCCUGCACCGCGGUCGCUGCGCUCGACCGCGCGCCUCGCGCGUCCAGGCCACGCACCUGGCCGCACCCCGUCCUCCCCGCUGCGGCUGCUGCUGCAGCGCUGCGACUGCUGCCAUGGCAGCUCGCCCUCGGCCGUCCCGCACUGCCACGCCACUCCGGCCCCCUCCCCGCUCAUGCCCAGCUCGCUCCCCUGCUCCACCACACCACCACCGCGCCGGCUUACCUCGCUGCUGCUCCAGCCGUGCGCGCACGACGCUGCCCGUGCACGUCGCCUCCCUGCUCCCCUGCUACCGCGGCCCCCGCCUCCCCAGCAUUUGCUCGACCCGCCGCUCGCUGCCUGUACCCCGUCGCCCCUGCCUGUGUCGCUUGCCGGCCACGCCUGGCCUCACCGGGGCCGCGCCGUGGCCGCCCUCUUCCUUCCCCGGCGGUUGCGGCCGCUCGUUGCGGUGGCCGCCGGCGCACCGCCAGUCCCGCCCCUGGCCUGGGCAAGUGGCCUAA